CAUCUAUUCGCUAUUUUCACUGUGACUUGCAUACGAGCAACCUAAUUGUGUCAGAUGUGGAGUAAUGGUUUUUACUACUUUCCACAAUAUGCGCGUCGUAUCAACCGAAAUCACCUCUAAACGCGAAAUCAAGCUUCUUUCUCUGCCGGAGGACUGGCACUUGUUCAUCUCAAUUCCACCCAAUGUUGCUGAAUAGUUUCUCCCUUCCACAUUGAGCAGAGCUCCGUCUUCCGUACUUCUACUUCCGUCCUCAUUUGACCACGAGAAGGCCAUCGGCUCUCUUCUUUAGGCAUGUUUCCAAGCGAUGCCAAAUCAUGUUCUGCACUUUGCCUAAUUGAUAAGCGAAGUUGAUCAACCCCUGGACGUAGUCGUUGAGCGUACCAUCCGGCCCGCUUUGGUACGUACCAUGCAGGGUCCUGGAUCUUUGGUUGUGCACGACAUUUUCGAUGGCUUGCUAUGGGGGGUUUGGCCGCUGGGCCGUCGAAGAUGCAUGCUACAAACCGGCGACGGGUGUCGUUCCGCCGUGCAGAUGGUAGCAGUUUAAGUACAAUAUGAUUGGGAAGUAUAGCCUGCAAAUUUGACUCACUUCAGUAUACAAUCCGGGAACCACCUACCUCGCCCGAACCCAUCAAGAUAAUCAGCGAGGCCUAGCUAUGUGAUUGGCAAGAAUUUGGCCUAGGGGCUUGCCUGCUCGUGCUACAGACGGCGAGUGCUUAUGGAAAUGUACCAGCACUCUUUUUCUUCCAGGUUCAGCGUGGAGAUCAUCAGCAACUUCUUCCAAAGAGCCUGCUAAUGCAAUAUGCAAUGCCGGAGUCCCUUGGCGAAGAUGGUCUAUCACACCACCCUGGUAGAACAAGGCCUCGAAAGGGCAUGUGAAGCUCAUAGCCUCCGACUCUUGCUAGGCUAGGAAAGACUCAAGGUUCAAGUACUAGGGGUCGAGCAUCUGCCUUGGGCAUAUUUUGCUCUCAAAUUGACGGCCAACACUCGCUAUCUUGCACUUGAAAUCAAAGUUCAUCAGACUCGCAAUCAGCAUGGCAGGCCAAGUUCCACCUUUGGUGAUGUCGAACACCAAGGAUGAUUUGUUGAAAGCUCUCAAAAUGGCCCCGGAAACCUAUACGAUGAUGGCGGUAAGCAGCCUCGCCAAAUUUUUCAUAGAUCUGCCUGCAGAUGGCAUGCUACGUACGAUGGAUUGGGGGCUUUAUGCACCACCUUGAGUGAAAGUGCUUACUGAUAUUUGUUUAUGUACCAGAAAGAGGCAGACAAUGUCUACAGGUGGUUGACCCAGGGAGGGUAUCAUUUAAAAGAUAACUGCUCGCGGAGACCACCCUACGACUGGAGUGACAUCAGAGAGAAGUCCAAGAACGAAGCAUACGAACGCAUUGCCCAGUCCGGUGACGCGCAUACUAGCUAUUACUGGAAUCUUGCCGCGCCCACCGAGGACUGUUCCAACUGGAUCGCAAGAUGGUUUCUCUACCACAAAUUUCGAUACCGUGAUGGGAGGAAUCGAAACUCGGCCAAAGAUGAUGGUUCCAAGUCGAGCCGGUCAAAGGGUUCCAGCAGCCGUCCCACGAGAACAUCAGGCCACCAAAGUUCCAGACAUCCCCGAACCGAACAAUCCAGCGUGACGCAAGCGAAUGGUGCUUAUUAUGAGCCUCAAAAUUCUUACUAUACCACCAGUGCAAGUAAGUUCAUUCAAUUCCAAACUUGGAUUACCUCUUCGAGCCAAGUGCAUAGUACAACGAUGGAGAGUUGAACCAAAAUUUGGAUCUAACAGUAUAUAGAUACAUACCAACAGCAAUACUAUACACAACAAGGUUCGUAACCCAUGGGACAUUUACAUCUCCUGAAAUAUUGAUAUCGAAUCAAGCCUGCAUAACAAUGAACACACUAACUAACACUUGACUAGCCUCCUCGCCGGCCAACUAUUCAUCGUACGGCAAUAACUAUGCUUACGAUCAUCGAGGACGCUACGAUCAGGAAUUCAAAGAGGAAGAUGAUCAGAGUCCUAAGACGUAUUAUGAUCCCGUUCGAGACGCGGAUUCGACGAGACGCUGAUUCGACAAGACGCUGAUUCGACAAGACGCUGAUACGACGAAAUGCUAGAGGUUCUUCUGAUAUAUGCUUAUUAUAUCUAAAAAGUUUACAUGACUUGUUUUUUUCCCCCCUUUCUUUUCCCUUUUUUGGCCUUUCCAGGUGAUGGGUGGUUGUGGUUUAGAGGCUGGAUCUCGAAGUUUCAAUUCUUUUUGAUAUACAAGUAAUAUAUAUACCCUCCUUUUUUCUUUGCUUUUUGGCUGGAUGGUAAUGGUGAUGGCUUGUAUCGAGGGAUGCUAUGCUAUUUUUACAGUCCGUGAUUCAAUUCAGUCUUGCGGUUAGUUGGAACUUGUGUUUGGGGUUGAUGAGGUGAGAUGAAGUGAGGUGAAGGGAUGUGCG